AUGCGGGACAGGACAGGAGGGACAGGCCGGGCUGGUCCCCGGGCCGGAGGGGAGGAGCCGGGGCUGCGGGCCGCCUGCCAUCCACCCGGACUGCGGCUUCCUCACUGUCCCGAGGGGGGUCCGCGACCUGGGUGCGAGCCGCGCCGAACCUUCCCACCCCGGCAGCCGGUGGUGCCCCCUCCCUGCCCGCCUGGGUCGGGAGCUGGGGCUCCACCCACAUCCCUGUCACUGUCAUCGCAGCGACGCUCCAUCACAAGGUGGCCUCUCGGAGAUCUUCCCGCCCCACUGCUGCCCAGAUCUUCCCGCCCCGCUGCUGCCCAAGAUGCUCACGGCUCUGCUUCGGCACCCCCCCCCCCAUCGGCUGCCGUCUUAGGAACCCGGGAGGCAUCGCAUCAGCGGGGAACGUCCCGGUGGCCGCCACCUGCUGUGGGCCCUGCGGGGCCAGGGGCGCAGCCGCCUAGUGGAGCCGGUUGGAGGGGGCGGGGCAGGGCUCAUCCACCCCGUCCUCCUGCGUUUCCCAAAGGCCCCAGGCAGGGCCGGGCAGCCGAGGGGACACGCGGUGACACUGCGCAGAUCUGCAGGGCCCAGCUGCCGUGUGCACGCCCGUGUGCACCCGGGUGUGUGUCUCGCUGGCACAGCGGGUUCUCGGGGACUCAGCCCGACACUGAACAGCUUUGCUGGAACUGCUCCACGCACCGGCUCUUCCAGGGACAGAGCCCCAGCAACGCCGCUUCCGUGUCCAGGACCCUCUACAGCCAUCGCGUGCACACACUUCACCUGGGCGUCCUCACCACCGGGAGCCCGCCUCCGGGCCUGCAGCCAGCCAGCCCCGGGGCCCUGGACAAGACGCUGCUGGACGCUGUCCGGGGCCUCAAUCCCCCGCCACCAUCGUUCGUGCACGUCAGCAGGACACACUGACCCUGCGCCGCCAAUAAGACACUCGGGAGAGACCGACAGAGGAGAGGGCCACGAUUUAGGAACCAAGGAGCCAUGAUUUUAGUCUUUUGGUUUUACAAACGGUGAGGCUAUCUUGAGAAGCCUCCACCAAGAGCCCAAAGCUGCCUAAAGAAGUUAGUGUCCCACUAAGGUACCAGCUGGGUCUAUGGUGCUAAAGAAGGUUCUCCCUCCAAGAUCCAUUCCAUCCCACAAUAUGAGUAAAAACUUACAAAUAGGGCAGCCCGGGUGGCUCAGUGGUUGAGCGGCUGCCUUCGGCCCAGGGCAUGAUCCUGGGGUCCCGGGAUCGAGUCCCAUGUCGGGCUCCCUGCAUGGAACCUGCUUCUC